AUGCCUUCUCAUACACACACAGCCAUCUUGGCUCUGGCUCUAUCCAGUGCUUCGCUGUUUGCCUCCCCUGUUGGAGCUCAUCCUGUUGGAUUGCAGGCUAGGACUCCCGCAAGUGAUGAGCAGUCUGUCGGGCUUCUAACUCUUGGAGGCGGUUACACUCAAAAAAGAGAUAUUGGAGCCAUUGAUCAAGUUUCCGGCGGCGGCGGCGGCGAUGAUGACGAUGAUGGCUCCGGAAGCAAUGGCUCUGGAGGCGAUGGUUCUGGAAACAACAAUGGUUCUGGAAGCAACGGCUCUGGAGGCAGCAGCGGAACCGGAG